CCAACAAUCUGUCAGCUCAAACCACUGGUUUUGGUUCUGCAGAUCACAAAAAACCAGCCUCUUCCCCUGCCACCGCUCCACACCUCAUUACAAUGCCUCAUCGCUGCUGCUCUGUCGAGAUUAACAACAGCUCUGGCUGCUACACUCUCGCCAAUCCAAGGGUGUUCACUGAGAGCGGGCACUGUGAAGUCCCCCUGCCACCCAUGGUGGGUCCCUGCUCUGCUGGCAGUGCACUGUUCAACAAGACAACCGGCGCUGCCACCGGGGCUGUGGGCGUCUUCACCUACGACCUUUUCAACGCAGAAUACAACGACUACAGCCACGUCAUGGCUGUCAUGUACUCCGUGCCCUACGACCGAAACCUCUACUCCAGCUGGUUCGCUGUGGGGAUCUUUGAAAGAGGAACCGAGUGUGACUACAAUCUUUAUGAUAUGAUGUAUAAGGGAAAUGAAAAUAAUUUUGUAAGAGCAAAGGCUGAUGGCUCCUGCAUUUCUUAUGAGGGUAAUUAUGUUAUCGUCAGUGCCUCCAUGUCAGAUUCAGGCGAAGCAGUCCUGAGGGUGGAUGUCAGUGAUACUGGCAUGUAUUAAGCCAAAAGAAGAAAGAUCUGUUGUUAUGUAAACCAUAUGAGACGAUCACAGUCAUUUUAACAUUUCAAGUGGCUCAUUAAUCAAUAUACUUAAAAUAUGCACAUGAUUGUACACUAAAUAUUGGUUAUUACACUUGUGAAUUUCAA